UAAAAAUGAUUUUCUGAAUAUUAUAGAAUUAAAGAUGAUGUCAACAAAUUAUUGUUUGUUGAAACGCAUGUUUUAUCUUCAUAGUCAUUAAACUUUAUAUUAUUAAUGUAUAUAAAGAGAUUCCUUCAAAAAUUUAAUAUAAUUUUUUAAUGUUACUCAACCUAGCAGACUCGCAAACGUCAAAAACGUCACUGACGUCAGUCAUUUUAGAAAUUCUAAGAACGCACGGAAACGUCAAUUUCGUUGGAGUUCACCUUAUCAUAAUUUUUUUUAAUAAUGUUCUUCAUAAAGAAAUGAGUAAAAUUUGUAAUAAAAUAGUUUUUUUACAAUGUCCGUGCAUUUGUGAGGAAUGAGUAGUUAUUGAAUGUGCUUCUUAAAAACAACCUUCAGGGUCUGUUUCUUUGUUUUGUUACUCAAGAUAGGAAAGAGUGGUUUUUCUAGCUAAUAGUUAAGUGAAGGAGUUUUAAGGUGUUUGGUGUGAUACGCAUAAAGUAAAAGCAGUCUCUAAUAAUAAUUAAAACAUAUCCUUUAAUUCGAAAUAAGAUUAUAAAAAAUGUGGCAAACACAAGCAGUUCAGAUAACUCAAAAUAACAAAGAAAAUCAGCUCCAAAAGAAUGAAGACAAAUUACCAACUCUCGGAAUGACCUCUGCGAUAUCAGCAGCAGGACCUAAACCGACAGAUUUAAUAAAAACCAAGGAACUCAUAGAGACAUUGAAGCCAUUCGAUGUAUUUGAGAGUGAGCAGGAGCUCAAUAAGAGAAUGCACAUUUUAGGAAAAUUAUACAAUUUAGUUAAGCAAUGGAUUAAAGAGGUGUCUCUUACACAUAAUAUGCCUGAAAGUGUUGCAGAGAGUGUGGGAGGAAAAGUGUACACAUUUGGUAGUUACAGAUUGGGAGUACAUAGUAAAGGGGCUGAUAUUGAUGCUCUCUGUGUCGCCCCAAGGCACAUUUACAGGUCAGAUUUCUUUUCAUCUUUUUAUGAACUACUCAAACAGCAACCUGAGGUCACUGACUUGAGGGCUGUAGAAGAGGCUUAUGUACCUGUAAUUAAGAUGGAUUUUGAUGGUAUCGAAAUAGAUAUGCUUUUCGCGCAGUUACUACUUAAGGAAAUUCCUGAUUCUAUGGAUUUAAGGGAUGACAUGUUGCUGAAACAACUACAACCUAAGUGUGUGCGUAGUUUGAAUGGUUGUAGGGUUACAGAUGAGAUUUUAAGACUGGUUCCCAACAUUGAAAAUUUUAGGCUUGCUCUACGGGCUAUAAAAUUAUGGGCAAAAAGACAUGGAAUCUACAGUAAUGUACUAGGUUAUUUGGGAGGUGUUUCUUGGGCGAUGCUUGUAGCAAGAACGUGUCAGUUGUAUCCAAAUGCUGCACCAUCUACUCUUGUUCAUAAAUUUUUCCUAAUUUUUUCAAAGUGGCAGUGGCCACAGCCAGUGUUACUUAAGCAACCUUCCAGUGUCAAUCUUGGAUUUGUGGUUUGGGAUCCAAGGGUAAAUAUCCAGGACAGGUAUCAUUUGAUGCCAAUCAUUACCCCCGCUUAUCCCCAACAGAACUCAACGUUUAACGUUUCUAAUUCGACCAGGACGAUAAUGGUAGAAGAAUUCAAACAAGGUCUCAUAAUUACGGACGAUAUAAUACUUGGAAAGUGUUCAUGGGAUAAACUUUUCGAACAGCCUCCGUUCUUUACAAAAUAUAAGCAUUUUAUCGUAUUGUUGGUUAUGGCCGAUAACCCUGAUGAUCAACUUGAGUGGUGCGGUCUUGUAGAGAGUAAGGCCCGACUGCUUAUAGGAAAUCUCGAGAGGAAUCAAUACAUUACUCUUGCACACAUCAAUCCCGAGAGUUACGCGAUGCUAGAAUCGGCCAGAGAACCGAACACGUUGUGUUCCAUGUGGUUCAUAGGACUGGAAUUCGCGAAAACCGAAAAUAUAAGUGUCGAUUUGACGAACGACAUUCACUGGUUCACCGAACACGUUAGCAAUCACGCCGCUAAUAUUCAAAUGUGGAAAACCGGAAUGAGAUUGGACGCCAGACAUGUUAAAAGGAAACAAUUAUAUCAGUAUCUAUCUCCUGGACUGAUUAAGAGAGAAAGAAAAUUGAGUAUAACGGCCAGGAAUGGCACUACCCCCGAAACUAAUAGAAAAAGACUAUCUGCCGAAGCUCAGCCAGAAGUUGAAAUACCCAAUAAGAAGAAUAUGAGAAUGUCUGAAGAAAUUACGCCGAAUGUAAGUCUAGAAGAAAGUGCAAGAUCUAAGUACGACGAAAGUUCUAGCAACUCGAUCAACAUCGAUUCCAGCAGCAAUCUAAGCUUGGCGGAAUCGGAAAGUAACAUUAGUAUUAUUUCCCCAGAAUCGACCCCUUCUCAUCCCUCAACGAAUCCCACGAAUUCUGCUAGCGUCCCCGAGGCCGUAUGCACGUGACAAGGAGGAUUAUAAACGUUUGUGGAUCGUCCCAUUUGAUGAACAAAGAAUUCUGUUCUAGGUUGCCUGCAAGAAAAACAACCUUAUAUCGUGUCUCACGUAUGUAUUAAAUAAUUUUUCCAAAACAAUUUUUGGAGGUAAAAUAUUAUCGCAAACGUGCAAUUUUUUUUAUAAUUUAAGACUUCGUCAUUUGGUGUGUAUUUUGUGAGCGUGUGUGAAUGUGAUGAUAUAUUAUUUUGAAUAUUUUUCUGCUUGUAAAUACUUAUAUAUUUAAUUGAAAAAAAUGUUAGUUUUUAUUUUCCAUUAAGUAGUACGAAUUUUAUUUAUUUCUGUGUAUAAUGUCAUAAAAUAGGCAAUAGAAAAUCGUUGUGUACUCGGUGCUACUUCGAAACAAAAUUAAGUUUGCUCUAAUGUGCAGGGUGCGAUCAAAAUGGCAAAUUAACGAUUGGUUAUUAUUUUUUUACUAUUAACUUUUAAAAUAAUGUUUUCUAAUUAAAUAACCAGAAAUAAAAUAUUGGUUUAACCUUAUAAAUAAAAUCAAUUGAACAAAUUUUUCAAAUUGAAAUUUCAAUUUAUUGACUACAAUAUGCAAUGUAUAUCUAAGUUUGUAAUUAAAAUAAUUUUUUUUUUUAUAAAAAUAAAAAUAAUUGUUUAUAAUAUAAACUUAUGUUGCAUAUAAAUUGUUAAAUACUUUUCAUAUUUGAAUAAAAAAUUAUACAAUUUUGUAACAAUAACAAAAAUAAAUAAUGAUUAUUUUUACAGUUGUUUAUAAAAAAAUAUAAGUGGAAAAUAUUUUAAUAUCAUUCUAUUAAAAAUUCAAACAAUAUUUUAUUUGUAUUUAGUAUACUGAAAAUAGAACUGAAAUUCUGAAGACGUCUAGGUUUGUUUCUACUCCAAACUAAAAGUAACGGUUUUUCAAGAAAUCAAAACUGUUGAAAUAGAAUAAUUUUAUUAUGUUAAUUUAUUUUUCAAAUAGCAUAUUUUCUGAUAUUAUUUUAUUUUUCAAUUUAUACAAAAUUUUGGAUCAUCCUGUAUAUUCUUUUGAACCGAUUGGCACCAGAGCGACGAGAGAAGACAUUUCCAAUUUUGGAGGCAAAAUUUUUUUUAAUGAAGUGUAUUUUUAAAUUUUUAAAAUAAAAAAAAAACAUGCUAUAUUCUGUAUAGGUUUUGUGUUUUGUAUACAAAUUAAUUUUUUUAAAUAAAACUUUGAAAUAUUAUUCCAUAGUUAUUGUUGCUGUUUAGGCAGUAAGAAACAAAAAAAAAGAUGUCUAAUAAAUUUAAUAAUAGGUAGCGUCUUAGUGAAUCACUCUGUAUAUAUAGAAAGAUAUGAUAUUAAUAAUUUUGCGGUAAUAUUUUACACUUUAUAACUAAUUAUUUUUAAGUACCUUAUUUUACGACAUUCAGAAAGGAUUUUUUAGUCAAAUUUUAUUUCAUAUCUGUUUUAUUUUUGAUACACAUUUUUUGCUGUCCGUCAUCGUCUUUCCACGAUUUUUUUUAGUUAACUCAUUGUAUACACAUUCUAGAAAAACGUGGCUAUAUUUUUUUUUCAAAUAAUUUCUUUAAAGAUUGUUGCUAGUAGUGAUAGGUCGAUCGGAAAUGUCCACAUACAUGUCCAACGUAUUCGCGAAAUUAAAUUAAAUAAUUUGGCCACAUUUCUCACAAAGGCAAAAUAUAGUUUAAAAAAUCAGAAACAAAUGAAUACUGGCUUCUUUGCACCCUUGAUUAAAAAGUGACACAACUCAAAAUUCACGUAUUUUGAGUAAAUAACCCUACAUCAAAACUUCAAAAAUGACAGGCUCCAUCUAGACGAGUCUUUUGAUUUUUUAUGUAGUUUACUAAUCUCAUUCAUGGUGUUAACUCAAAAGACGUGAAUGUUUUAACGGUUUUUUAAUUAUAGCGUUUAAGAUAAUAGGAUAUUUUUUAAUUUUACAAGUUUUCGUUUCAUACCUAAUAAAAACAAAAACGUGAAAAAUGAGAGUCAUGAGGAAACGUACAUACUUCUACCAUAGUAGAGUCCCUUUGGGAUAUAUCAUAUGAGCAUUAAAAAGAGUCAUUUUGUGAAUUUUGACAAACCUAAGGCCGUAAAAUCUACACAGAUUACUAGAUUUUUGGUGACACUACACUGUUUUCUAGCAUUUAAUUCAUGUUCUCAAAAAUUAAUAAAUCUAUCGUGGGUAGGCAAAAGAGUACAAGUCAAAAAUUUAGAAUCUGAGUAAAUCUACGAUAUAUGUCUUAUAAGUCGACUUGUACGGAUUUUCCCAUAAAAAAAGAUAUUUCUGUGAUUUAUACUAUGAAGUUCACCCUGUACACAAAUCACAUACACAGUGUUGAUUGUCUAUCUAUGUACUUUAAACUCUCUUACUAUAAUUUUAAAAAAUCGUAUACAGUUUGAACUUUAUUAUAUUAAUCGUCGAGAUUAAUUUCUCCUAAGCCU